AGAAUUCUGAGGUCAGUGUAUUUUUGUUUCAUCUUAUCUCAUCGCCUUUGAUAUUUACUCGAGACUUUGAUCAAGAAAAUAUGGGUGGAGGAGCUGUCUGCUAUAAUCAUUUCUCUGCCUUCAGCGGACUCAAGUUCAGAAACCCAAUUUUCUCUUUCAAUGAAUUAGCAGAUAGGGAUUCAGUGUUCAUCUCCCGAAGGGAGCUUCUUAAUUUAGCUGUUUCAAGCACAAGGGCUGAUGGGAACCCUGUCCCUGGAAGGGCACCAAAAGGAGAGUGGAAAAAGAAUUCUGAAUCAAUGGAGACCGAGAAGAAAACAUCCAACAAGGAAGAGAUCCUAGCUCUCUUUAAGCGGAUUCAGUCCUCGAUCUCCAAAGGAGAGACCAUAAAAUCCAGGAAUAGAAAUUCAAAGCAAGCUGAAGAUGUGUCAGCUGAAUCGCUUCUGGAGGUCCUUCAUCAAUCAACAAGAAAAGGGAAAACUGCAAGGAAGCAAGGGAAUAAACUGGUGGCUUCAGGGAAAGGUUUGCAAAAGAAAGAACAGAAAGCAGAAUAUUCAUCAGAGAAGGACGCAAGGUCGAGCAGGCCACCGUCAAAUUUCACGAAGAGGUCCCCAAUACCAUCACCGUCAAGCCCAAGAAACAAAGUUGAUCUGAAGAGUGAAGUAUUGCCUACCAUGGAUGUCGACACCGAGAUAAUAUCCAAGAAGUUUGAGGGAAUGAAACUUGUUGAAUUAAAAGAAGUGGCAAAAUCUAAAGGAAUCAGGGGUUAUUCUAAACUUAAAAAGGGUGAACUGGUAGAGUUGCUAAAGAGAUCAUGAAAUUAUAGUUUGUGCAUAGUUUAUAUACAAGACAACAUUUUUUUUUAUUGAUUUUAUGACUGACAUGCUUAAACUUCCUUUGGUAGUUCCAAUUUCAUUCCAUUUUGUUCAAUAUAAAUGUCUGUUAUUGGCCA